GCUUAUGGGACCUCAACACAAUCCGAUCACAUCCCGGCGAGAAAUAGUUUUCCAAUCGGAGUGUCGGCCGCGCGGCGCAGCAUCGAAUACGAGGAGCGCCGAGAGAGAAGGGAGAAGGUGAGCACGAGAGGAAGUGAGGCGAAGGGGAGAGAGCGAAGGAUAGAGAGCGGAGAGGAGGCGGUGGGCCUUGUCGUCUUGGUUCGAUCUCAGCGGCGGCGACGUCGCCGGCGGAGGCGAAGAUGAAGACAACAAAGGGAGGGAGGGUCAUGAACCCUACCGACGCCUAUCGAAAGGAGCUCCGAAAGAAGGAGCUCAAAAGGAACAAAAAGGAAAGGAAGAAGGUGCGAGAGGUUGGGAUAUUGAAGAAAGACCCUGAUGCCAUCAGGGAGCAGAUUAACAAGUUAGAAAUGAUGAAAGCGGAUGGUGCUCUAGACAAGGCGAGAAAACAUAAGAAGAGACAGCUUGAAGACACGCUCAACCUAGUUUUGAAGAAAAGGAAGGAGUACGAAGAUAAAAUGCAUGAAAAAGGAGAGGCGCCAGUAAUGUUCAGCCAUUUGGGCCCCCCUAGAAGACGAACAACUGCUGAAGAAGAGGAAAGAUCUAAACAUCCAAAGCCUGAGGACUCUGUUUACUAUCAUCCUACAUUAAACCCAACGGGGGCACCACCUCCUGGAAAACCCCCCAUGUACAAGUCUUCUAUAGGACCCAGGAUACCAUUGCCUACUUCAAGUGCUGCAGCAUCAACAUCAAAGUCAGAGUCAGAAGAAGCAACAUUAUCUGUACCUCCUCCCCCUCCACCCCCACCACCCCCCUUGCCAGGCUCCGGUGAAAUGACUUCUGUUGAUGAUUCUGCUGUACCUGCAUCUAUACCUUUACCACCCCCACCACCAGCCCCACCCAAGCCAAUGGCUGAUUCAAAAGCAUCAUUACCUCCUCCCCCACCACCUCCAGGACCGCCACCCAAAGAACCAGUUGCAGCUCAUACAUUGCUGCCUCCUCCCCCACCCCCACCACUCCAGCAGCCUUUCCAUCUUCCUCCACCAGGUACCAACGGAAGAGAAUUUGAUAAUAGCAAAAAUGCAGCUACGGAGCGCCUUAGUCUCAAAGAAUCUGAUCAGGUGACAGCUGUGCUCCCUCCGCCUCCACCACCCCCUGGACUACCAACAAAAUCUGCAACUAGCCAGUCUGAUGCCCCAUCAUCGGAAUCUAGUGCAAAUAGCACUUCAGUCUCAAAUGACAACUCUAAUAAGAUGGCACCAUUGCUGCCACCACCUCCAAGGCAACCACCCCCAAUGCCUCACAGACUUCCCUUGAUCCACCCUUUGCAACCUGAUGUGAUGCCUCCAGGUGUUGCACGCUUCCCCCCACCUCCACCAGAUAUGAGGCCUCCAUUGAUGGUCCCUGGAGUUCCUAACAGACCUCCUCCUCCGGGCAUGAUUCCACCACAAAUUCCUAGGCCACCUUUUGCUGCGCCCCCUGGACCACCAGGAGUUCUGAGGCCUCCAGUUCCUCCAGGUCUUCCUCCCACUCAAGAUGACGACCUUGCUGCCUUGAAGCCCGCUCCACCUCAGAAACCGUCAUAUGUCAAAUCAGCUGCAUCUACUGUUGUUAAGAGACCACUAGCGCAGCACACCCCAGAACUAACAGCUAUGGUUCCUGCAUCGGUGCGUGUGAGAAGAGAAACUGCUCUUACAAAACCAAAACCAAAGCCACAGCUCCCGACAGCAGCCACAGCUCCCAGGCCUUUGGUCCCUGCAGCCUUUGGAAAGUCUGAGACAGCGGCUGCCUCAUCAGCACCAAAGGCACAGAGCAUUGAUGACUCAUAUAUGGCCUUCUUGGAGGACAUGAAAGCCCUGGGUGCCCUGGAUGGUUAGGCUUAGCGAUGAGAUGGCAAUACGAAGGCUAACAAACUCCAGUUUGAUUAGCAAAAAAUUGAGGCCCUCGUUGAUGAUUGGCACUCUGUGCUUGGUGAAAAUUCUAUUUGAUUAUUUUUCAUGGCCCUUUUUAUGGCCCUUCUCUAGAAUCACCACUCAACCAGCCUCUGGCAUGUUCAGCAGGGAUGUUCUUUCUCUUUGGACUCGAGUGGACGGCUCAAAUAUGAGGCAAAAUCUUCUUGUUUCAUGCACAAAUGUUUGAUGUGGGAUAAUUCAUGCUGUAACGAGAUUGUUCUACGUAUGUUAAAUGUUGUGACACAAUGAACCGUUGUUUUACAAUUAUCAUUGGAUUCAGUGACUAUUUUAUUUGUUUUUGAA